AUGCUUAAAAAUACUCUUUUGAGCUUGAUAUUAUUCACCAUUGGCUCCAACUCCCUCACGAUUCCCCCAGGAUAUACGAGCACCACCUAUUACUCAACUUCUAUUUCCUCAUCUAUUACCGAGGAAUUUCCUACCAGUUACGAAACCGUUUAUGGUCCAUACAGUGAAGCUUUUACCGAGUACACCACUGUGAAAUCUAAGUUUGGUUUAUAUGUUAACUCUACUGUCACUCCAGAAGCAACUUCUGCUGAUACUACAAGUGCCGCUACUACAAGUGCUGCUACAACAGAUGUCCCAGUUCCAGGCACUGUUUUUUCAACUGAAAGUACUAUCUCUUCAACAUCUCCUCAAAUAUCGGGGGAUGUCCCAGCUCCAGGUACUGUCUCUCCAACAUCUCAAGUAACUGGUGAUAUUCCAUCUACCACUUAUGAAUCCACUUUUAUUUCAUCUAAUAUUACAGCUAAUAUGGCCAAUAGGGCCGUAUCUGUGCCAUCUACUACAAAUGAAUAUUCAGCAUCCACAGAAGCCGCAUCCAAUGAUGAUUCUGGUAUACCUGUUCUCGCUGAUACUCUUGCAUCUGUCAUAGGCAAUAUUGCUACAUCUGAUAUAGCUUCUCUUCCUAGUGACAUUUCCGCAUCACUUCCUGUCUCUGUUCCUACAAGCCUUUCUCUCUCUAUUCCUGUCGACCUUUCUUUAUCUCUUUCCCUUCCACUUUCCAUACCUACAGAUCCUCCUACUUCCAUACUUGCCUCCCUUACAACUUCACUUCCUUUGUCAACCCCUACCUCACUUUCCGUGUCUGUUCCUAGCUCCCUUCCUGUUUCUAUCCCAACUUCACUUUCUGUAUCUAUUCCAUCAUCAGCUGUUACCUCUGUUUCUGUUUCUGUCCCAAGCUCUCUCUCAGUUUCCAUCCCAAGUUCUGUUUCGGUGUCUAUUGCUUCCUCUCUUCCUGUUUCUAUACCAACUUCUGAUUCUGUUUCUAUACCAACUUCACUCGUGGCAGCUAUUCCUACCACUCUUCCAACUUCUAUCUCAACUUCACUUUCUGCUUCUAUCUCUGAAGCUAUUAUCAUCUCCACUACAUCUUCAACCUCCACUACAUCUUCAACCACCUCCACCGCUUCAACUACAAUUUCUUCUGAAGCUAGAACCAUCAAUGAUCAAAUGAUUGCGGAAUCUAACAAAAAGAGAGCCUUAAACCAAGCUCCAGCCCUUGUGUUCAACGAAACCCUUUACCAAUACGCCCAAGCCUAUGCUGAUAAAUACAACUGUAGUGGAGCCCUCAAACACUCUGGAGGUCCAUAUGGUGAAAACUUGGCUCUCGGUACUAAUUUAAACGCUAGCAUGACCGUUGAUUUGUGGUAUAAUGAAAUUUCCCAUUAUAAUUUCAACGAUCCAGGAUUCUCUGAAGUGACUGGUCAUUUUACCCAAUUGGUCUGGGUAAGCACUACUCAAAUUGGUUGUGCUAUCAAGAGCUGUCCUAAUUAUUACAGUUCUAACUACUACAUUUGCAGUUAUUCGACUCCAGGUAAUAUUAUCAACAGCGAUAAUUCAUAUUUCAUUAAGAAUGUUCUUCCAGUUAAAAACUAA